CUUUUUUUAAAUCAAUAGCUAAUGCGAGAGCCAUGGUCCCUUGGUGUAACACUCUAUUCGCAGUCUAUCUCUUUACUCGUCGCGCAGAACAUCUGUUGAUAAGAGCAGAUCGCAGGUGUAGAACCCUCUCAGCAAAACAUGGCCGCGGCCUCCGUAUGCGCUGCUUCAUCCACACCCAACAUACUAUUUACGUACGUAACUAUAUAGGCCAUUGA